AUGGAUGUGGAUCAAUCGAUGCCGGAGAAUCCGGCAAUGACGUUUGAUGAGGAACUCAAGAGCCUCAGGCCUCAACUUCAUUCUGCUGCAGAGUAUUGUGAGAAGUCAUAUCUUCAUAGUGAGCAGAAGCAUAUGGUACUGGACAACCUGAAGGCUUAUGCUAUAGAGCUCUACCAUGGAUCUGAAAAUUACAUGUCUAAAUCAGAUAAGAAGGUGCACUUCAGCCCACAUAUACAGACAGAUCCUAGGCAACAUAUCCAAGCAAGACCUCGUCUUUUCCCUUCAGGUGCUUCUGCAGCAAAAACUCUUUUGUGGCAUUUAGCAUCAGAAACCAAGUCUACCUUGAAAGGGUCUCCUCGUGAGAGCUUGUUGAAGAUAUGGAAAGAAUAA